AUGACGGCUGGCUCCGGGGCUCUCCCCGGACCAGUAAGAGUUGAGAGCUUGGCGGCCAGCGGCAUCGCCACCAUUCCCGCCGAAUACGUCAGAUCGGAGGACGAGUGCGCUAGCCUCGCCGAUGCGCUUGACGCAGCCAAGAAUUUGGAUGCUGGGCCACAGAUUCCAACGGUGGAUCUCGCCAAGAUCCGGUCCACGAACGAAGAGGAGCGACGCAGCUGCGCGGAGGUCGUGCGGGAGGCGGCGUCGAACUGGGGGAUGAUGCAGAUUGUGAACCAUGGCAUCCCGCAGGAGCUGAUCAAGCGCAUGCAGGAGGCCGGGGAGAGAUUCUUCUCGCUGCCCAUAGAGGAGAAGGAGCGUUACGCCAAUGACCAGUCGUCGGGGAAUAUCCAAGGCUACGGCAGCAAGCUCGCAAACAAUGCCAACGGCCGGCGAGCGUGGCAGGACUACUUCUUCCACCUCGUCUACCCAGAGGAGAAGGCCAACUACUCCAUCUGGCCGAAAGAGCCCGCCAACUACGCGUAACGAUCUCCACGUCCUCCUCCUCUGGCUCUCUCUUUUUUUUCUCUUUAUUUCCUUGGUUUCAAUGAGUUGAGUGUCAUUCUCUUCCGCCUCCAUUACUGCCUACAGUGAGGAGACGAAGGAAUUCGUACGGCAGCUUAGGCCAGUGGUUAGCAAUAUAUUGGCCAUUCUAUCCGCGGGGCUCGGCCUAGAGGAAGGCAAGCUGGAGGAGGAGGUGGGCGGGAUGAGUGAUCUCCUUCUGCAGAUGAAGAUCAACUACUACCCGCCUUGCCCACAGCCAAACAUGGCCGUGGGUGUGCCGGCCCACACGGAUGUGAGCGCCCUUAGCUUCAUCGUGCACAACAUGGUUCCCGGCCUUCAGGCCUACUAUGCAGGCGAGUGGGUGACGGUCGGAUGCGUUCCAGACUCCAUCAUCGUGCACGUCGGCGACGUCAUCGAGAUCCUCAGCAACGGGAGGUACAAGAGCAUCCUUCACCGUGUCCUCGUCAACAGGGAGAAGGUCCGCAUCUCCUGGUCUGUUUUCUGCGAGCCGCCGCCAGAUAAGAUCAUCCUCAAGCCCUUAGACGCGCUUGUUCACGAGGGGUCGACGGCUAAGUUCCCGCCUCGCACGUUCGCCCAGCACAUUGACCAUAAGCUCUUCCUGAAGAGCGAGGGGCCACAGUCCACACCCAAAUAG